ACGACAGGGCUAGCUCCGUUCGCAUCUGCUAGCUGGAGAAGAAGAAGAAGAAAACUGCAUUCUGACCUGCUUCACGCACUGGAUAACAAAAUAAGCGGCAUAUCCAGACCAGGAAUAUUACACACUUGAUGUCUGGAGAAUUAUCGAGAGGGAUUUCAGAAAGACACAAGAGAGGAUCGCUCACGUUCCACCUGGUUGGCAUGUCAACAGGUAACGUUGGACCUUGACAUCCCCGACUCGGUUUGGCAGGAAGGAAGGAGGAAGGAAGUAAGGAGGCAGGAAAUCCCUGACUGUGGGGACAAUGAGGGGACCCAGACCAGUCUAAGCUGUGGUGGACCAACCAGAGGCUUCAGGAGAGGAAGGCGUUAACGUCGUUGGCGCCAUGAACAUACCCUGCUGUCCACGUGACACCAGCCAGCUCUGACACACUCAGCGCUCUCUCUUCCUCCCCUUCUUACCCCCUUUCCCAAAAACAACAUCUAUAAAGCACACCCACAGAGACAGACUGUAUCUCUUGCCACAACAAUGACUUACGUUUCCUAAAAAGCUAUAUCUGGAUUCCAGGGACUGGGAUUUCUAUUUGGAAUAAGGAGUUGAGUUGGGGAACGGAACGCUGUGAUAAAAUUAUCGUAAUUCCCUCUACCCGUGCACUGGCCUCGUUUUUCCCAGAGGCAUCAACCAAUGGAGAGACGGAGAAGAGAGUCAGGAUAUAUAUAUAGCAAAUAAAAUACAAUAACUGCUGAGUCGGCAGGGUUGGAAUCUGGAAUUGGUCCUGUGAGUGUUUUGCUCCUCCGACGUAUCCCCCAGCCUAGAGGAGGAGUCUCCCUAGCGAGAAUCAGACUUAACAACUAUUGUUUACACUUAACAAAAAAAAACAAAAAAACAACAGCUGCAGCUAGGCUAGGCCGAGCUACGUCCCUGUGUGGAGGAUUUGAACCAAUAGCAGGAUUAUUAGGAUUGGGAUCAUAACCAUGACGAGGGGGUUGAGGUUUCCCGCUUUGCCCAUGUGGCCCUUGGUGUUCCUCAGUCUGCUGGUGACGGCCCGGGCGCUGGAGUUGGGCGGGGCCCCCGGCCAGUGGGCCCGCUACGGGCGUUGGGAGGCGGGCUCAGUGGGCGAGCUGAGCUUCAGCCUCAAGACCAACAUCAGCAAGGCUCUGGUGCUCUACCUAGAUGACGGCGGCAACUGUGACUUCAUGGAGCUCCUGAUUGCUGGCGGGCGCCUCCAGCUGCGCUUCGCCAUCCACUGUGCCGAGCCAGCCACUUUACACAUGGAAACCCAGGUCAACGACGACCGCUGGCACAUGGUGCUCCUCACCCGCAACUUCCGCGAGACCCUGCUGAUGGUGGAUGGCGAGACCAAGAUGGCGGAGGUCAAGUCAAAGCGGAAGGAGAUGGCGGUGGUCAGCGACCUGUUUGUGGGCGGCAUCCCGCCCGACGUGCGCCUCUCAGCCCUCACCUCCAGCACGGUGAAGUACGAGCCCCCGUUCCUGGGCCUGAUCUCCAACCUGAAGGUGGGAGAGACACCCCCUACCCUGCUCAACAGCCAGGGCAUCCAGAGUGACAUGGAGUACCUGUGCACCAAGCAGAACCCCUGCCUCAACGGAGGUUUUUGCUCCAUCCAGUAUGGCGAGGUGCACUGUGACUGCACGCACACCCGCUACAAGGGGAAGUACUGCAAAGAAGGUGAGAUCAUGAGCUAG